AUGGUCGCGUUCAUCAAGCGCAAAGAGGGCAUGUCCCUCGAGGACUUUUACACGCACUGGGAAGACGUCCAUGGACCGCUCGUCAAGCCCUGGGCCAAGAAGCACGGCCUCACCUACAAACAGGUCCACACCGGCUCAAGCGCCCCGACCGGCGUCGACUCCGAGUUCCUCAGCAAAUACGACGGCUGUGCCAUCUUUGAAUUCGCAGACCCCAAUGCCAUUACGGUGGCGUUUGCCGAUCCGGAAUUUAAGCGGGAUGUGUCGCCGGACCAGGAAUACUUCAUGCAGGAACAGGUGACUAUUAUGACGACGGGCAGCACUGUGACCAUAGUGUAG